AUGUCAGAUGAAAAAGAGUUAUUUGAAUAUCUCCUAAUCUAUUCAUUUCUUUUUCUAAAUGAAAAAGGCUCCUGCUUAUAUAAUGCCUAUAACCGGAAUGAAGUUGAAAAUAAAUUGGUUAUCAAAAUCGAUCAAGAUGAUCGAGCCCCAAAAUUUUCUGUUGCAGAUGAUAUCUCAGAAGUAUAUGGUCUUUUUGAAAUUCAUGAAUGUAUUAACGAGCAAAAACCUUUAAGGGCUAUAAUUGAUAUUAAUGCUACACAGAAAGAUAUAAAAGUAAAUAGAAUUAAGUCUGACAACAUUCUUAAAGAAUUAGUAAUUGUUACAUUAUCAGACUCUAGUAAAUGUAGUUACCAUCUUUUAUAUGCUCUGAUACUUCUUAUCGACUAUAACGAGCUUAAAGCAUUCACAGAAUUGGUAUACACUUUGACAGGCAAAAAAUUCAGCAGGUUUAUUGAUAGAGGAUUACCUGGUCAAAACUUUAACCUUUAUCUAAUCAGUUCAGCAAAAAAAGGUUGUAUGAAGCGUAUUCUGUUAUCUUCAAUAACUAAUGGCUGGAAUAAACCUGAUCACACCAGAGUUCAACCACCUUCUAAUUUGAGUCUCAAAGUAAGACCUAGAAUGCUUAGCAUAAAAAAAAAUAAUAGUUCACUAAAGAUAAUCAUAGGCCAUGAUAUACUACAAAAAUGCAUAGAUCUUGUUUUACAAAAAUAUUCUAAUUAUUUUAGGGAUUAUACUAUUGAAGAAAAGAACUCAAAAAACUUUGUAUAUUUUAACCAAAAAGCUCCACUAGAAUGUCCACAAUGUAAAUGUAUACAUGACAAGGAUCAGUGGUGGUUCAGUCAUGUAUGUGCUAGCAAUAGAAAAUUCAUCGUAAAAUGCUUCCGGCAAGGUAGUGAUAAACCUGAGGAAGUAUUUGAAUUAAAAUACUCAGGCUUCCCAAAAGCUUUUGUAAAAAUGCCAUAUUGGGUCAAAUAUAGUAAGACCCUUAUGGCUACAGAAAUAUAUAAGGAGAGAUAUGUAAAACUAUUACCCAAUGAAGGUGAUAUUUAUGUGGAGUCGCCUUAG